AUGAACACCCUGUUUUAUAAGCCUUACAAACGCAGAGAACUGAAGUGCUGCUACAAGGCUACUGUGGAUGGGUUCAGUGCUACAGAAUUCCACAACAAAUGCGAUUUCAAAGGGCCGUGCGUGAUCAUCGGCUACACUCAAAAAUCUCUCAAAUUCGGAGCUUUCAACCCGGAAGGCUACCGAAGCACCGACGACUACUACGAUACGUUUGACGCGUUUCUGUUCUAUUGGGCUCAGGACAGCGAAGAAAACGAGCAGCCCAUUGUGUUGGCCAAAGUAGGGGGGAGUGGUGCGGCCCUCUUCGACUAUGCGAGAGGUGGGCCCCAGUUCGGGGCUGACGGGCUGCUCAUUGGGCCGCCACUAGCACCUGUUAUGGGGGGUUUUGCGGGGCCCGACACGAACUCGGGUGUCGGGGACCUGAGGCAGGCCAGGUCGAGGCUUGGGCUGUCUUAUGCUAAAAGGGUUGAUGGGAAGGAGUCUUUGUUUGGGGAUGAGCCCAAGGCCACGCUCGAUGAGGUGUUGGUUUUUUGCAGCCCUCAGAUUGCGAGUUUGUAUUGA